AUGGCUUGGGAGCAUGCAUGGCUCCUGGCAAUGCUGCUGUUGGCAGGCUUGGGGCUGCAAGGCUGCAAGAACAUAACGAAGAUUGACACGGACCUGGUGCUGAAUUUGCCGCCGCCUCCAACGCCAAUCCCUCUUGCGGUCAUCCCAUUGCCGAUAGAGACCUCGCAGCGGCCGCUGCCGCCUUUGCCGCCUGUGACGUCAUCGCCUCCAUCGCAUCCUUUGCAGCUGGCCCCAAUUGCUCCACAGCCUGUCGUUGCCCCGCCAGAGUCGGUCGCUUUGCCACGGCUGAUAGUGUGGAACAAUUGUUCCAAACUGCCGAUUUGGAUCGCUUCGUCCGCAAACGUCCCGCAGCCUGCAACUCGCAAUGUCAGGAUACUUCCAGGCCAAAGUUAUUCUUUCUACAUCCCGAAUGCUGGCUUGAGUUCCACUCGCUUCUGGCCAAAAGCCUGGUGUGAUGAUCAGGGCCAGAAAUGUGUUUUAGGCUCCAGUGGAGGUGAUGGACAAGACUGUCCAGAUGGUGGGUGUGCCCCUCCAAUAGACUCCAAGUUUGAGGCAAGCUUUGGAGCUGUUGGGGUGGAUUGCGCGACCAAAAACGAGGGAUGUGAUUGGUUCGACACAAGCGCCGUUGAUGGUUACUCGUUGCCUUACAAGCUCGAAAUGAGCAGCCACUGUCCGCAGGCCAAGAAGAUUGACUGCCUGGGCCUGUCCUUGGCUGAUUGCCCGGCUGACGAAUGGCUUGGAGAUGUUGGAAACCAGGACCUUCGUGUUUGGGAUCAUUUAUCCUCGAAGGUUGUAGGCUGCUAUUCGCCAUGUGGCAAACUUUCGUACUCGAACUGGGGCAACAAGGUUGGCCAGAAUGCUCCGAACAGCGAUGUUGCCAAAAUGUAUUGUUGUCCGACCCCGCCCGUGAGCCCACAACAGUGCAGGACCGGCCCCGUAGAGCAGACAGCAUUCGUCAAGCUCAUCCACGAAAAAUGCGCAAAUGUUUAUGGCUAUGCGUAUGAUGAUGCCGUUGGGCUUCAGGUUUGCCCGGCCGGUACCACGUACACCUGGACCUUGGGCUGCCCGACAGAGGUUGUGCAAGGCUAG